UCUAACAGAAACAUGGUUAUCAGCAAAGGAAAGAGUCAAAAACAAACAACCUACUCCCUAAUCAACAGGGAUUAUUCAAAAAACAGAAUAUCAAUCCUAACAAAAACACCUACAAACUUGACAAAUUUUGAUUUUUUGUAACAUGUAUUAUCUUAUUAAUGCUGAAUUUUGCAGAUGGGAGACUCUUCUGUCGAGGUCAUGGAAGAAAACCUUGAUGCUUCCUAGGAGGCUAAGGGAAACUGGAGGAAGCAAUAGAGUAGCUCACAUAGGCUAUUUUGCUCAAUCCAACCUCAGCAAUUAUGUAUUCUGGUUCUCUCAUAGCGAUCGCUUCAGCCGAAGUCUUCUUCGAAGAAUGUUAUCACGGUUGUUGAGUUUGCCCUGGCUUUGCAGGAAGCUGGAUGCUUUUCUGUUGUUCUGGAAUGUAUGCUUGCAUCUGUUGCUGCUGCUGCAACAUUUGCUCUUCGAAUCCCUACAAUUGGUAUUGGGACAAGGCCUUUUUGUAUUGGCCAAGUUAAUUGAUUCUUUAGCUCUCUCUACUACUCCUAAUAAUAAAUUAGACUUGACUGGCUUGUGUUGUGUAUAAUCUUUUUGCUUUCAUUUGUACAUAUAAUUUGCUAUCUGAUCUUGUAAUUUGCUUUUCAAGUACUAAAGUGGGCAUUUUAAUGAUAUCAUGUGUUCAUAUAUUGAGUUUACUCAUGUAAUGAACUUUGAAUUUGCUUCUC